UGUACGUACACAAAUCUGCUUCCUGUUUACGUUUGUUGAGCACUUUCUCAGUGCGAGAAGAAACAGCAGACAUCGCAAACUGCACCUGGAAACAGGCUCCGCGUUAGUUUUGUCCAGAGCCGUCGCUGUCCGUGUGCCUGCAGCCGAUCCUGUCAGUUAGACAGGCCGUUUCAAUGCAUUUCAGAGAAGCUUUACCGCCGCGCAGAUGGACGCUGUUGAUCUGUUUUCAAGCUGCAGAAAGGGCGACAUUGCCAGAGUGAGAUACCUGGUUGAACAGAGGGAUGUAGAACUGAACAUCAGAGAUAAGUGGGACAGCACACCUCUGUAUUAUGCAUGUCUCUGUGGACAUGAAGAGCUGGUGCAGUACCUGCUUGCCAACGGAGCAAAGUGUGAGGCGAACACAUUUGACGGCGAGCGCUGUCUGUACGGAGCGUUGAGCGACCCCAUUCGCCGCCUGCUCAAAGAGUACAAGCGCAUCACGGCGAAGGCUAUGCAGAGAGACUAUUACGACCAGUUCCUGCAGACGCUUUUGGAGCAGGGAAACUACAGCGACGUGACAUUUAUGGUGCACGGUGAGAUGUUUAAGGCCCACCGCUGUAUCUUGAGUGCCCGAUCAGAAUACUUCGCCCACAUGCUGGAGACCAAGUGGAAGGGGAAGAGUGACAUUACCCUCAAACAUCCACUGGUCAACCCUGCUGCAUUUGGUGCAAUCAUGCAGUAUUUCUACACUGGCCGUUUGGAUAUAGAUGUGAAUUACGUGGAGGACUGCAAGCGUUUGGCGAAACAGUGCAAGAUCAGCGAGCUGAUUGAGGAGCUGGAAGUGAAGUGCAAACAGGUUUAUGAGUUUGUGUCUAAUAAGCCCGGGACGUGUGUGAAGGUGUUGACUCUGGAUCCUCAUGACUUUCAGCUGCAGGAUGGAAUGGCUCUGCUGGCUGACAGCGCACUUCCAGCUGAGCUGCGGGUUGGAUACGGCCAGCUUCCUUUUGAUCUAACUGAUAGUUUUCCAAGUUACCCUGACAUCUGCUUCCGGGUGGAGGGCUAUGACUUCCUGUGUCAUAAGGCGUUUUUCUGUGGUCGUAGUGAUUAUUUUAAGGCGCUGUUGGAGGAUCAUUUCAGCGAGGGUGAAACUCUGCAGACUCUUCCCAGCAUUCCUGUCAUCACCCUUCACGAUGUGUCUCAUGAUUUGUUUACAAGAAUCCUUUACUACAUCUACAGUGAUAACACUCAGCUCUCUCAUGAGAAUGUGUAUGAGGUUCUGUGUGUGGCUGACAUGUACCUGUUACCGGGUCUGAAGCGUCUGUGUGGCAGGACUCUGGCUGUGCUGCUCAACGAGGAGAACGUGCUGCACAUGUGGAAGACGGCCAAACUGUUCCGGCUUUCGCGGCUGGAGGACCAGUGCACCGAAUUCAUGGCCAAGAUCAUCGAGCGGCUGGUGGAAAGGCCAGAGUUUGCUGAUAUGAUCAGAGAGGAUGCUGGGAAUGUGGCCGCCAGGCAGGAAACUGAUUCCAUCCCUCUGGUAGACGAGAUCCGUUUCCACAUCGCCAGUAAUGUUCAGACGUACAGCGCCAUCGAGGAGGCCAACCAGAAACUCAGCGCCCUGGAGCUCCUGCUGGCCAGCAUCGGGCUGGAGUGCUGAGAAACACAACUUACCAAAUGCUUUACAUGCACAAUCCGUAGCAAUCUAGCACCACGUUAGCAGUAACAAACUAAUAUGGUCGAUUCUAACCAAAAACAUUCAUAUAUGGAGUCAGUGUGAGUCAUAUUGCAGUGGCCUGUUGUGAUGCAGUGAAGCUUCCUGUCUUUAGUUGUUUCUGUUGUUUAUUUUUAUGAACAAAAAGAGAUGAAAGCUUGACAUUUUGACAUUUCACCAGUAGUGAGGCUUAUAUAUCAGAACAAGUUCUGAUACAUCACCGAAUAUGAUUUGAGCCAAUGAUUAAUUUGAUCAAUUUAAGAAAAGGAGUGCAUUUAAAAGUAAUCUCUUUUGAGAUGUUCAAAAUGUAGGUGUUCAUGAUAGAACUGAUAUUUCUAAAAUCGUCCAAUUUUGAUCCAAAAUUGUGUGAUAUUUUGCCAUUUGUUCAAGCGAAUAGAUGAUUAUUUAUGCCUCAAUGUGUGUUCACUUACAAAUGUAUCUUCCAGCACUGAUAAAGAAGUUUUCCAGCUUUGCAUCCACAGACUUCUGGUAAUAUGCAUGCAAUAUUUGCAUAGAAUUACUCAAUGAUAUAAUCAGGAUACAUGCUCCUAAAGUGCUUAACAUUUCUCCACCUAAACAUUUUUGCUUUGCUUUUUUUCCUGCAUUGCUUUGAUUUUAUUUCAUAGCCUUUUAUUAUUGUAUUUUAUGCCGGUCUUAAAGCAUAUCCUGCGCUCAUUUGCUCAGCAGCACUUGGUGAGUUUGUGUAUGUUUGUUUCUGAACGUUGUGCUCAGGAGAAAAUGCCACACAUGAGACUUGUGGAUGAACUUUCAUGAAGUGUCGGUUUACUAGCUGAUGCGUUGGCAUUGCAGUUUCCUUUCCUAUGAUUUAUUGUGGGAUGCUCGGACUGAAUGAGAUGUACAUAUGUGAGCAAAAAUAAAUAAUAUUUAAUGUACA